AUGCGCUUCAAUUACUCGGUGGACUUCACUCCCGAGCGCACGCUGGGCAUCCGCUACCCGAACGGCUCCUGGACUGGACUCAUCGGCUCCCUGCAGAGAGACGAGGGCGACUUCGCUCUGGGCUUGAUGAUCCCUACCAACGCCCGCAACAGCAUCGCCAACCCGACUACCGAGGUGUACAUUGACGAGAUUUCCAUUCUGGCCGGAAGAACCCGCACCGAGAGCACGAACGUCUUCUCCUACGUGCUCACCUUCGAUUGGCAGUUCUCCACGGGACUGGACCGCUUCUACGCGCAACAGCAACAGUGGGCUACAGGCAACGGCGCGCAAGGAAGGAAGCGCUUUCACUGCGGUUACUACGUCGAGCGCUUCCUCAGCCAUGCGUGGGAGUACUUCGAAAACCUUCUGGGAAAAGGCUCCUCUGCGCCUCCUGGCCGCCAGUCUGCGCGCGUGGUGACCGCCUUCUGGUGGUUGGCGGUCACCGUGCUAGUGUUCGCGUUCGCCGGCCAGAUGCGCGCCUGCCUGAUGGUCAAGUCCCAAGAGUCCGUGAUCCGCAACAUCCAGGACCUGGCGCGACGCUCUUCCGUGAGGCCCUACACGCUGGCCGGCAGCAUCCUCACCGCCAUGCUCAGGGACUCUCGCAACCCGGCGUACCAGCGGGUGUUCGAACGCAUCAUCCGCUACGGCGGCCAGACUGAGCUGCACCGCAUCUACGGACAGCACAUACUCGAGCAAGUGGUGCGCGGAAAGGCGGUCGUCAUCGCCGACCGAGGGUCAUUCACAUACAAGGUCUCCAGCACGUGCCGCAACUACACGGACGGCGAGUUCUACAUCGCCGAGGAGCCACUGCUCAAGUUCCGCUUCGUCAUGUAUCUCAGCAAGAAGAUGGACACGCGUAUGCAGAGGGGCAUCAACCAGAGGCUGGUGUGGUUGCGAGAGAUGGGCAUCAUGGACCGCUGGAUUGCCCAGAUGCUGGGCAACUGGGACCACUGCCGCCGUGAUGGCAACCGUGUCACGCUGACCUUUGAAGACACCUACGCCAUCUUUGUGAUGUGGGCUCUGCUGGUGACCGCCUCCCUGGCGGCCUUUGGCUUCGAGAAGCUCCGAUACGCCUACGGCGCCCGAAAAAUCCGCCUGCAUUGAGUGCAGACAGAAGCGUGGUGUCUUCAGAUGAUGCAAGUGCUAUCAGAGCAACAAGAUUUU